CGCCAGCGCCGUGAUCGGUGCACCGGAACUGCACGUCGGGCGGAGAAGGUGCCAGCGAGAAAUCAAAUCAAAUCGACCGCAAAUAUGGGCAACAUUUUCCUGCUCCUGUUCGGAUUGCAUCUGGUUUUGCUGGACGGGAUCAACGCCUCUUGGGGUUCACCGGACAGCAACCAGUACCACAUUCAGACGGACGAAGGUCCUGAGCGGUACUUCCGCUAUCAGACGGACAAUGGGCAGUUUCGGAAGGAAAAGCGGCUGCAGGAUGGCACCGUGAUCGGUACGGAUGCUUGGAUCGAUGCGUCAGGAUACCUACGUCAGAACGAUUACAUCGCGGAUCAUAAAGGCUAUCGGAUUCUGAAAUCGAAAACCGUCUACGUCGGUCGAGAUCGACCAAUCCAGGAUGCCAUUAAGGUGGCGAAAAAUAAACCCGCAGAUUCGGGUGUCCUGGUACCUUCGGAUCCUUCGUACGAGCCUCCCGCACCUCCGGCCUCCCCACCACAACCCGUCGCCGUUGUCCCUUCGACCCCUCGUCCCAUUUCCGUUCACUCCACCCCAUCCCUCAAUGCGGUCUUCAUCCGGCCCCAUUCGCAACCGAUCCUUCCAUCCAGUUACAGUCCCGACCAGAAGUACCUGCCCGUCGGUCCCAGUUCCCCAGCCACCCCUGGCCAUCACCCAUAUCCGACGGCAUCGGCAAGACCGCCAACGCUGGACAUUUACGUGCCCUCGACGACCUACACACCGCUAACCGGAAAUGACCUUUCUUCGACCCCGAUCGCUGUUUAUGCGCCAUCCUCCACACCAUCACCUCUUAGAGACGGUUCCGAAGCGCAUCUUCCGCCACUUGUGAUUUAUAAUGGCAACCCACCGGUUGAUCCAAACACCGGUUACAUCGCCGCAACGACAUACUCUCCACCACAUCGGCGUCGGAAGCCUCAUCCUGCCAAUCGACGUCCGAUCCUUAUUGGAUCUCAGCGUCCUUACGUCGAGAGCUCUACUCCAGCCACAGUACAUCUUGCUGCGCUCGAUGGUGGCAACAACCUACUGGGAGCUGGCUUUAACCGCGAUGCGAUCGAACCUGUGGCACAGUACGAUCAGUACAACCGACGGUUCUACGACGAAAACGGUCAAGAGCUAGUCGUGAGGAGGAACGGUGAAAGUCAUCCUUACGACGGGGUAGCCGUCACCAACGAUGGUUUCCGGUAUUACCUACCACGACAGUACCACGAGGAACGUAACUCAGCCAGUGACACGCGGGAUGGUUCGUUUGGGUACAUCGAUCCGUUUGGAAUCCGCCGGGUGGUUUAUUACAACACCGGUCCGGGGAAAGGAUUCGUUCAUCGAAAGAACAACCGUUUUGUUGGGUUCGAUGCGACACCCUACGAUCCAAGACCACAAGCGUAG